CUAGCGCUUUUUAAGUCAGUCAAAGAGGCUUCACAAAAAAUGCAAUAAACACAUAAUAAAACAACAUGAAACAUAGUAAACAGACUGGGGAUGCUGGGUUGAUCUUAAGAGAAGUGGGUUUUAAGCAGUGGCUUAAAAGUAGAAAGAGAGACGGCAUUCCUGAUAGAAGUGUUAAUCUUCACUUGUCUCCUGAUUUGUUUCGAUUAUUGGAUGAACGAUUCAAUUCGAUUCGAUAUCCCGAUCCAUCAUGAUUAUUUCAUAUUAAUUUGUUUUCAUCAAUAAAUAGAAGAUGUCAGAUAAUUGCUUUUUUUUUUUAAAUCAAAAACGUAAGUGACACAACCUGCCAUCCCUCAAAAUCUCUCCAUUCACAACAGGUUAGGACAAAACAUUUUAAACAUUUAAGAAGAUUUAACAAAGUAAAACAUCUGUUUCCUCGUUCAACGCCACGCCUCAGGCUGAGAAAAACACGCUUUGCAAAAAGUCACAAAAUCUAAAAAAGUACUGAAAACCUGCAGGACACAUAAUGUAAUAAUAAAAUACAUAAUGGGUUCAUAUAUGAGUGUUUAAUGUCUCUGAGCAGCUCUAGAGUCAGAUAUUUAUUCCACAGUUGAAGGGUGUCAGAAAUAACACCAAAUGUUUGACUUAGUUUAUUUCAUUUGAACCCAGUGGUUCAUUUCUGAAAUGUUGGAGAAUGAAUCAAGUUCUGUUUGAUGCAGAAAAUAAUAAAACAUAAAACAAAUUCUACACUUCCAUUCAUAUUGUAGUGACCUGGCUGGGGUUGUAAGCCAGGUGCAUUCUGGGUAUUGUGUAAUAUGUGUUUCCUAUCGUUCUGCUAGUUCCUAUGUGCUGAUUUGCUGUUGUGUGAGUGUUAUGUAAGCCACAGGGAAGGUGAUGUGUGUUCUGUGGAGCGGGUUGAAUUAGCAUGGUUAACUGACACCGUGACUCUGUGUGGUAGGAGCGUGAUAGAGGAUCGUGUCUGUAGCGUUACAAAGCGUUGAAGAAAAAGCCUAAUAAAGGUCUGUGUGAACUUCUACUGCCUCCUGCUGGUUGAUUUGGGGACUAUAAACCUGCCGCUUAGACGCUCGGGGUCGCUACAAUAUUUAAGAUGUGUGUUUUAUUCUUUCUGAUAAUUACACCAGCAGAAGGCUGUGGGCUGGAUUAGGAUUAAAUUACCUAGCUGAUGGAUCUUCUUCACUAACCAGCUAACUAACCUGUCCUGUGUGACCCUCACCAUGUAACCUUCAUGUCCAUGCUGUCUCUGGAGGAGCAGACAGGAAAAAAGAUCUCCUGUAAAAUGAACCAAAGCUUCCUCCCAGUUUCUCUUUAAGCUGAAUUUAACAUCAGUUUAUCUUCAUGAAACAAAAUAAUAAAGUGGAACAAGAACUUCUGUUUCUCUCUCCUUUUAACUUCACCGUGUCCCUAAAUAAGAGACAGACGAUCACGCUGCAGCCGUCGUCACUGACCCCGCCCCCUCCCCAAGACCGGAUCUCCCGACAUCACAACACUCGGUCUGACUGAGCGCUUCGAGGAGAAAUAAUAAUUAAAUUACGAAAAUAAUAAUGCGUGUUUGGAGGAGCGUCCGCCGAUCCUCUCUCUUGGGUGAGCAGACAGCUCUCUCUCUCUCCCUCUCUCAGUUGCUGUGCGAGCGGAGCGCACCGCGUGACAACCCGCUCAAUUAACAUAAUUUACGGCCCAAAUCCAACAGAACCGGUCGGGCUGAUCCGGUUCCAGUUCGAUCUCAGGUUACAACUCUAGCGCUCAGCCCUGCAGUACCGCAUUAAGGCGGAACCACUUGGUAAAUGUGGAGGACGCUCACUCUGACAGAUAUGGAUGCUGCGCUGGUGCCGCUGUUAAAAAAACAACUACAUUCCACUAUAAUCGAUUAUGGCGUCCUCUUCUACGAUGCAGAAUCGUUUAUGUCCGCAUCCCCAUGCAUCGAUUAUUUAAUUACUUUCCUCAGCUCUAAUUCCUGAUGCUUAGUGGAAGAGAGUUCCAAAGUGUGGGGUCAGCGGCUGCAAAGGCUCGAGCCCCCAUGGUGCCAUGUUUUGUUCCGAAAGGGGAAUGGAGGUUGGAGUCGGCAGAACGGAGGUGCCGGGAAGGAGAAUGGUGAUGGACUGAUUAUCUUUUUGAUUUAAAAGUUGUGAAACUAUUCAUUAUUUCCAUGCUGCAAUAAAUGGUCUGCAGCGCUAAAGACAAAAACAAAAUGCUUACUACAGCCUCCACAUGUGACUCCAGAGUGCAGUCGCUAAGUCAGCAUGCAGCCCAGUGAAUUUAAUGCCCUAGUCGAGUGGGUGGUGGUCUUAUGGAAACAUGAGAGCAAGUCAAAUUGCAACUUUAAGAGCACUCUGAGCAACAGUUGUUUUUCUACACAUCUGUUUUUGAUUCACCGUUUAGCAGUUGUCUGAUUUUUCUAUAUUUUUUCUAAAGUCAAGCUGUCGUUUACAACUUUUUCUUGUGUUUCUUGUUUUCUAUUUUCAUAUUCAGGCCAGUUUACACACGGAACUCCAGUUAUUGCUUUGUUUUGUCCAAUCUGGGCUGCAGCCAAAUCACACAGUCAGUACACCACCAUGCUGCUCCUCUCAACUCACAUCCUCUAUACAGUGGGGCAAAAAAGUAUUUAGUCAGCCACCGAUUGUGCAAGUUCUCCCACUUAAAAUGAUGUCAGAGAUUUUCAACAGGUGGUUCUGGUUAAAUAAGAAGCUUCAGAAGAACAGAGUGCUCGUGUCAACCACCAGCACCUAGAUUUUCUCCACAAAAGGGAGGAACAGGAGAAACUCUGGCCUAGUUUGGAGGGUGUUGGGUAAUUUUAUCAAUCCAGGAUUACCUUAGGGAAGUUCAAAGCACAGGGGGGUUAUAGUAAUCAGUUUGUCAAAACCAAUACCAAUAAUCAAACAAUCAAUCAGUUUAGACUUUGCAAAGUGGAGAGGAAAAGUACACACCAGUCGGUUGUCAGGUUCGCUCUCAUCGGGCAGAUGCCUUCCGAAAGGCUUUAUUAAGCAUACACAAAAAAAGAUAACCACACACACAUUCGACAUUCUUCACAGACUCUUAGGCAGGAAGACACACCAGGUGCAAUUCUAAAUCAACAAACCACAAAGCAGUCGCAGUCUGGACUUUCUCAAGGGAGUUCUACUGAAAAGGGGACCAGUACAAGUCCUGGUACUUAGGGCAAGGUCAAUCCUCCCUGUAGGAACUACAAAAGCCUGUCUGUUACCAGAGUAAAAUAAAUGGAUGAAACUUCGUUUAAAAACACCAGAUGUUAAACAGAAAGAAGCCUUUCGCCUGUGAGCUCUGUGGACAAAGAUUUAGUCAAAAGACGCAUUUAAACAGUCACAUGAGAGUCAACACAGGACAGAAGCCUUUCGCCUGUGAGCACUGUGUAAAAAGAUUUAGCCAAAAGACAACUUUAAACAAACACAUGGAAGUCCACACAGGACAGAAGCCUUUCGCCUGUGAGCUCUGUGGACAAAAAUUUAGCCAAAAGACGCAUUUAAACAGUCACAUGAGAGUCCACACAGGACAGAAGCCUUUUGCCUGUGAGCUCUGUGUAAAAAGAUUUAGCCAAAAGACAAAUUUAAACAGUCACAUGAGAGUCCACACAGGACAGAAGCCUUUCGCCUGUGAGCUCUGUGUAAAAAGAUUUAGCCAAAAGACAAAUUUAAACAGACACAUGAAAGUCCACACAGGACAGAAGCCUUUCGCCUGUGAGCUCUGUGGACAAAGAUUUAGCCUAAAGGCACAUUUAAACAGUCACAUGAGAGUCCACACAGGACAGAAGCCUUUCGCAUGUGAGCUCUGUGGACAAAGAUUUAGCCAUCAGACAACUUUAAACAGUCACAUGAGAGUCCACACAGGACAGAAGCCCUUUCCUUGUGAGCUAUGUGGACAAAGAUUUAGCCAAAAGACAACUUUAAGCAGCCACAUGAGAGUGCACACAGGAGAGAAACCUUUUGCCUGUGAGCUCUGUGGACAAAGAUUUAGCGAAAAGUCAAAUUUAAACAAACACAUGUGUGUCCACACAGGACAGAAGCCUUUCACCUGUGGGCUCUGUGUAAAAAGAUUUAGCCAAAAGACAAAUUUAAACAAACACAUGAUAGUCCACACAGGACAGAAGCCUUUCGCCUGUGAGCUCUGUGGACAAAGAUUUAGCCAAAAGGCACAUUUAAACAGUCACAUGAGAGUCCACACAGGACAUAAGCCUUUCGCCUGUGAGUUCUGUGUAAAAAGAUUUAGCCAAAAGACAAAUUUAAACAGUCACAUGAAAGUCCACACUGGACAGAAGCCUUUCGCCUGUGAGCUCUGUGGACAAAGAUUUAGCAAAAAGACAAAUUUAAAGAGUCACAUGAAAGUCCACACAGGACAAAAGCUUUUCGCCUGUGAGCUCUGUGUAAAAAGAUUUAGCCAAAAGGCACAUUUAAACAGUCACAUGAGAGUCCACACAGGACAGAAGCCUUUCGCCUGUGAGCUCUGUGGACAAAGAUUUAGCCGUCAGACAACUUUAAACAGUCACAUGAGAGUCCACACAGGACAGAAGCCCUUUGCUUGUGAGCUAUGUGGACAAAGAUUUAGCCAAAAGACAACUUUAAGCAGCCACAUGAGAGUGCACACAGGAGAGAAACCUUUUGCCUGUGAGCUCUGUGGACAAAGAUUUAGCGAAAAGUCAAAUUUAAACAAACACAUGUGUGUCCACACAGGACAGAAGCCUUUCACCUGUGGGCUCUGUGUAAAAAGAUUUAGCCAAAAGACAAAUUUAAACAAACACAUGAUAGUCCACACAGGACAGAAGCCUUUCGCCUGUGAGCUCUGUGGACAAAGAUUUAGCCAAAAGGCACAUUUAAACAGUCACAUGAGAGUCCACACAGGACAUAAGCCUUUCGCCUGUGAGUUCUGUGUAAAAAGAUUUAGCCAAAAGACAAAUUUAAACAGUCACAUGAAAGUCCACACUGGACAGAAGCCUUUCGCCUGUGAGCUCUGUGGACAAAGAUUUAGCAAAAAGACAAAUUUAAAGAGUCACAUGAAAGUCCACACAGGACAGAAGCUUUUCGCCUGUGAGCUCUGUGUAAAAAGAUUUAGCCAAAAGGCACAUUUAAACAGUCACAUGAGAGUCCACACAGGACAGAAGCCUUUCGCCUGUGAGCUCUGUGGACAAAGAUUUAGCCGUCAGACAACUUUAAACAGUCACAUGAGAGUCCACACAGGACAGAAGCCCUUUCCUUGUGAGCUAUGUGGACAAAGACUUAGCCAAAAGAAAACUUUAAGCAGCCACAUGAGAGUGCACACAGGAGAGAAACCUUUUGCCUGUGAGCUCUGUGGACAAAGAUUUAGCGAAAUGACAACUUUAAACAGUCACAUGAGAGUCCACACAGGACAGAAGCCUUUCGCCUGUGAGCUCUGUGGACAAAGAUUUAGCCAUCAGACAACUUUAAACAGUCACAUGAGAGUCCACACAGGACACAAGCCCUUUCCUUGUGAGCUAUGUGGACAAAGAUUUAGCCAAAAGACAACUUUAAGCAGCCACAUGAGAGUCCACACAGGACAGAAGCCUUUCACCUGUGAGCUCUGUGUAAAAAGAUUUAGCCACAAGACAACUUUAAACAGACACAUGAGAGUCCACACAGGACAGAAGCCUUUCACCUGUGAGCUCUGUGUAAAAAGAUUUAGCCUCAAGACAAAUUUAAACAGACACAUGAGAGUCCACACAGGACAGAAGCCUUUCACCUGUGAGCUAUGUGUAAAAAGAUUUAGCCAAAAGACAACUUUAAACAGACACAUGAAAGUCCACACUGGACAGAAGCCUUUCACCUGUGAGCUCUGUGUAAAAAGAUUUAGCCUCAAGACAAAUUUAAACAGACACAUGAGAGUCCACACAGGACAGAAGCCUUUCACCUGUGAGCUAUGUGUAAAAAGAUUUAGCCAAAAGACAACUUUAAACAGACACAUGAGAGUCCACACAGGCCUUUCGCCUGUGAGUUCAGUGGAAAAGAUUUAUCCAAAAGAUCAAUUUAAACGGUCACAAAAGAGUCCUUAAAGGACAGAAGCAUUUUGCUUGUGAGCUCUGUGGACGAAGAUUUUGCUGAAAGAAAACUUUAAACUAUCAUCUAAACAUCCACUAGGGCUUAACGAUCUAUUGCCGGGGUCUCCAAUCUUUUUUGGCUCGUGAGCUACUUUUACACAAUGAAAGUACAGCAGAGUUACUGCCAUAUGAUUUAUUUACAUUGAUACUUUCCAUGUGUGAAUGUGCUUAUGUUAAACAUGCUAUACUUACUAUAUUAACAUGCAUUGUAUUCACAAGUUGAUUUCUCUGUAUUUCAGUACAUCAGUAUAUAUAUAUAUUUUAAAAGUAUAAGUAAACUAGUGACAUUCUGAAAACCAAAUUAAACAAAACAUAUUUAGUUUUUUUAAACUAAUCAGAUACUUUCAGAAAAUGAAUAACAAAUCUACUUCAUGUGAAUGAUUUGGUAAUUUUUUAGAGGUUAGUAACAUAACUUUUUAAGCACACAGGAACAGCUAACCUGUAAAGCUGAUGAUAUGUUAAAUAAAAUACAAGCUAAAUGUGAUGAAAACACAAAAGUCUAAAUAGUUUGAAUUGAAGUAAAAAAUGUAAAAUCAGAAAUAAGACUUGUUCCUGCUCUCCUGAUUUACUGAAUAAUUUUUAUGGUUUUUUUGGUCAUGAAAGUUAAGUUUUACUGCGUUUAUUGCUGACAUUAUUAAGGUUGGAGAUUUAUCCUUUUUUUCUGCAUCUUGUAGGUUUUUUUCUCCGCAGGCCUGAAGGCUGUGCGUUACACAGAGCAGAGAGACAGAGAGCAAGAGACCAGAACCAAAUGAAAUGAUCACAUCACACCAAUCUUAAAAUAUUUACACUGGCUUUCAGUAACUUACAGGAUUGAUUUCAAAGACCUUUUACUUACUUUUAAAUCAUUAAAUGGCCAACGACCUCUGUAUAUAGCAGAGAUGUUUUAAAGGUAUCACCCUUCAAAAUCACUUAGAUCAGCAGAUAAAUUCCAACUGGUACAACCCAGAGCCCGCACCAAGCACGGAGAGGCUGCCUUUAGCUGCUAUGCGGUCCGUCUCUGGAACUGUCUUCCAAUAGACAUUAAGACCUCUCCCACCAUUUCCAUUUUUAAAUCCAGAUUAAAUACUAAACUUUUUUAUGAUGCCUUCCAUUAAUCUGUCCUUGCAUCUGUGCUCUACUAGGUCUUUAUCUGUACUGUGUUCAAUUGAUUCUACAUGUAUUUUAUAUGUAUACCUAUUCUGUGCUGUUUUAUUGUGUAUUAUUGUGUAAUUAAAGUGAAUACUUGUAAUAAAGUGUAGUUACUGUGUAAAGCAGUAUUUACUAGGAAUGAUUAAUAAAAAUAAAAACUAGAAUUGAACCUGAGCUACAUGGUAAUAACAGUUUAAGAACUCAGAAACAACAAUACCUAACUUACUAAGUAAUUACCAUGUAAGUACUAAGUAAUUAGAGGACUGUAAAAGAAAACUACCAAUAAUUUUACUUAAUAUGCUUUUAUUUUUGUGUACUAUGUUCUGUGUCAAUAUUCUUUGAUUUUAUUUUACACAACAUGAUGAGACAUUUUAACUAUUUCAUUUCACUUGUGAUUGUUUUAACCAUGUGAAGCAGAUUGGGCUACGGUUUUGUGUAUGAAAUGGGCUAUGUAAUAAACUUGACUUGAGAGAGA